GGUGCGAUGAGGGGGGUGGGCUGUCGGUGGCCUAUGCUGUAAUCGGUUGUGCCCAUGUCACCUCGCGGCCCAGACUGGUGUUCAGCGAGACCGAAAACUCUCCGCGAGCCUGACGAGAACCCGCGGCUCGGCGCACACCGCUUCCGGUGAGCCCAGCAGACUGCCCGAACCCAGCCGGUGCCCCCCGUCUAUGCGAGGGGUGGUUUGUUCCGCAAUAGGGACCAGGCCAGCCCACUAGUCUGGCAGGGGUGAGCUACCUGGCCAAGGUGCGCACCGGCUUCCCCGACACCACCUGCGCGCUUUCCCCCCAGUCCCUCGGAGGGAGAUAUCCCUGUGCUAUGAGGCCCCGAGCCCCGGAUGGAAUGAUGGGGUCCAAUUGAGCUUCCGGCUGGGUUAGGCCCAGUAAAGACUGGCACUGAAGUAGCCAUCAUGUCCUAUACUGGUUAUUGAGAAGACAGACGAGAAGCCAGACCUGACCAUCAUGAUCUCCAUGAUUACAGAACAAUUGCAAAAACAAAGUCUGGAGGAUCUGAAAUGCAAAUCUUUCAGUAUAAGCUUGCCAUUGCCCAGUCAGACCGACCCUGAGGGAACCAGCAGCCCCUUUCACUUUGUUACAGAAGAGCGCUCCUGGGGACUGAUCAGUCAUUGUCCGAGGAUUGAACUUGAAGAUGGGAUUCGACUUGGCUGUCAUCACCACUCCAGCCUGAGCCUUCAUUUUCCUGUUUUGAGCAGGGAGAGCUCACCCCACCGUAGAAGCCCUUCCCACGCUCCUGAGGCAGGGAACUCUGCUGCUCCUCCAGCCCCCCCUACCAAGAGACACUGCCGCUCCUUAUCAGUGCCAGAGGACCUUUCGCGCUGGCGGCCAGUUUGGCGGCCUAGUGGUUCUAAAGUUUGGACUCCAGUUAAGAGGAGAUGUAAUAGUGGUGGGGUUGGGGCAGUGCUGGGAGUGCAGACUCAAAGCCCAUCCCAAGGGGUCUCCAGUCUCAGGUUCAAAAAUGACCCCAGUGCCUCUAUACGCUGCAUCCAAGCCAACAGCCCUCCUUUCUUCAGUCUGGCCUUGUGUCGGGAGUCACCAGGCCCAUGUACCCUUUCCCCAACUGGUGUAUUCUGGGACAACACAGAAGGGCCAAGCUGCUUCCCAUUGCAGCGCCGUUUUUCACUGUCACCUGUACUUAUCAAGGAUGCAGGACGGUUCCUUCCUUCAACCAGCAGCUCCCCACCCUCCACACCAGAGCUGGUCCGACGGCAGCAGUGUCUCCCACGCAGCCAAUCACAGCCUUGUGAUCUGGACACAAGAAAAUGUGGAAUCAAGCGGAGGCAUGAGGAGGAUACACGAUGGCAUCGUCCUUCACUGGACUUCUACAAGAUGAACCAGAAUGUUGGUGCUAUGUGUUUCUUGGACAACUCUGAUGAAGGCAGCUCAUCAUCUCCUUUUAUGGCUUGUCACGGGGAGUCUCCUUGCACCACUGGGAGUCCGGUCACCACCUGCACACUGGCACUUAGCGAAGAAGACAUAGGCAGGCGAGAUCAUGCUUCCUGCCCCCAGGCAAUGCUCUUCCAGCAUGACUUCGCGGACCUGGAUUUAAAUCUAAUUGAAGAGAAUUAGCACUCUCAGGAAACAUCACUCUUCAAAAUGAAUUCUGAUAGUAAGGGGGUGUCUGAGUGAGAGUGUUUGGGUGCCGGCUGCAGGCCAUUGCUAAGAGACCUGCACCAAGUGCAUUCAACAAACCUUCUGACCUUCAUGACAGAAAAUGUGCGUGGGAGGAGGGGAAAGGGGAGUGAGCCAAAUCUUACAUUCUUUUUCUUAAGGGGGAAGCCAGAGGCUGGGUCAUUGGGACCCUUACUACACUUCUCCUUUCCCAGCAUUAUAGCUGGAGAUGAUCUCCCCUUACUGAGUUAAAAAAAAAAAAAAAAUAAGAGAGAAAAAAAAAAUGGCGGGGGGUAAAAGAAAACUUUACACAAAGGGUGCUGUGGGAUUGCUUUAUUUUUAUAUUGAUGGAUUUUGGAAGGAUGUGCCGAGCUGCCCAGGGGGUGGGGUAGUGGGAAGCAGAGUCACGUGCAAUGAUUUGCCUGUGAUCAAUUCUCAUUAUUAUAGAUAACGUGACUAUUGAUGUAAAUCAACAAGGUGGCAUAUCCAGUUGUGCACAAAGGCAAAAGCCUUACAUUCAAGUGAAUACCCCCAUGGCAGCAGAGUUCAGAGGCAAAUGCCAAGGGAUCCCAUGCCCAUGUGUUCUGAAUUUAUUUUUGUUCUUACUCUUCCUGAAGAGGGCUGAUAGAACAAAUAUUAUAUUUAAAUUGCAGGGUCUUCUUUUUAUUUAUUUUUAUUUCUACCCUUCCCUAAAAUGAAUUUUUGCCUGCGUGUGAGAGAUUCCUGAGGCAGUCGAUCAAAAACAAAACACAGAAGAGGUAGUUAUCACCUCGCCCUGAACGUAUCUGCUGUCUACACACUGCCACUGGAGUCUUGCAUAGAGUGACCUCCCCAAUACCUCUUAAAAAAGGUAUUUAUUCCUUAAUCCUGCACAUUCCACCCCCUUGUGACCCACUCUCUGCCCCAUUCCCUCCUCAGGAACGAGUCUGCUGGUGUGUGUAUAUUAAAGUGCAGGCUGUGGUGCUGCAGAUGGCACUGUGAGCAAGGUGUUGCAGAAUCCCUCACAUUGGAAGAUAGGAACCAUAUUUUCAUGAGCCUCUGAAUGUUAUACAUGUAUAGAAGCCAUGGGAGCAUUAAGUGUAUAGGAAAACAUUCACAACCUAUUCCUUUCUCGACAUGAUGCAGAGGAGCCCCUGUAAUUAGAUACAUAAGUGUAAGAUGUGUAUGUGUCCAUAACACUUCAAAUUUUGUUUUAUUUGUAUUCUUGUUAAACCGGACAGCUCAGCUAUACUACUCCAUGUUACAGAUAAAAUAAAUACAAAAUGGGGAAAACCUUUGCGCUGAUCCUGGAGAAGCAGGAGUUUUGAUCUGCAGUGGCCGUCCUUUUAAUUUCGAUACCCCAGUCAAAUCUAAAACAAAAUAUGGAUCUGUGUUUCAAACAACGUAUUUUGCCAUUGAUGUGCAAAUGGGGACUCCAGUGGGGGGUAGUAAAUUGACCCAGAACUGGAGCGGUUACUCCAAAGUUAGUAACCGUUGAUUUUAUUUUAAGGACUCCUUAACAGUAUUUAUAUAUGUGUAUAAAUAUUUUCCCCCUUAAAAUGGGGAUCGUUGUUCUUGACAAACUUUCCAGUACCAAGUACUGGUGUUUACCCUCUUUGUGUUUUAAAGAUUUAAGUGGGGUGUUAAAAAUAAAUAGAUACAUAAUAAAAUCAACCCAAUUUAAUGAGGAGGCCACUUUUUAUUUCCUUUUUCUCCAAGGAACUGUGUACAUGCCUGACAAAACUGCUGCUUUAAAAAUAUGUUGAGCUUUACAAUAAAGUGGAUCAGGGUGGGGAAUAAAAUACAAACUGUAUUUAGUGAAGCCAUUGUGGAUCUUGUGUUACCGCUCCUGUCUUUUUGCUCAGACGUGGUGUUGGUUCCAACAUGGCUUCUGUAUUCCCCAUUUCAACUAAAGUUCUAUAAUGUCACAUUUUCUCCAGAUUCCAUUUAGAGCCACAGACUGCUGUUAUAUUCAAUUUACCUGAUAAAGAUGAAUGACAAACUAA